CAAGGUUCAUGAACGAGUCCUUUGAUGAGCCCGAAUAUGGCAACGCUGAGGUCUGGCAAAGCCAGGCGCUCUACUUCGGAGUCCACCUUAUAUCGUCGGUAGAAGAAGUUGGUAUGUUCAUCGAAAGAUGCUGGGCGACCGCCGGCCCAGACAGUGACUCCACUCUACGACAUGAUCUGUUUACUGACAGAUGCCCUUCCGAUGUUGAUGAGACGGUUCAAGUCUUUUUUCCGAACAAAACGGAUCGAGAAGGAUUUAAGUUUGACGCAUUUGCCUUUGUCGGAGAUCAUGAUAUGGUGUACGUACAUUGUGAAGUGAAGGUUUGUAUGAAUGACGAGGCCAAUUUGUAUCGAGAGUGCUCCUACACUCUUGCUUUGGGACGCAAACGUCGAUCUUCUUCCUUCAUUUCCACUCAAACGAUCAGUAGUGCGCCGAUUCGAGUCCGCCGCUCAACCAACGAUAUGGCUACUCGUGACCUGCCUGUCUACAAUUCUUUUGGGAUGUUCCUCAUUGGAAUGGUCGCAACCGUGGCUGCCGUAGCAACCCUGAUGGGUGUGGUCAAGCUAAUCCGUCGUCCAACCGGCAUCAGCUACAAGCCAGUCCCAACUGCAUCCAUGGAAAGGAUUUAGACAUGUUAGAAGCGAUUUGAAUGAGCAGAUCUCAUAUUCGGAAUGACGUCAUGUGGAUUAGCGCGCUUCUUGACCUCAUGGUGCGCAAUGUCAAGGGUCAAUUGUUAACAUUUUAAAUGUUCCUUCAAUGAAAUAAGAAAAGUUCAAAACUUUCUAACGCUCGAAACAACAAAUAAAAAAAAACAUUGAAAAAAAAAAUCCGCUGAUGUCAUUCUCCUUAUACUCUGCCAUCAUAAACAAGCACGGAAAUUCUUCUUACUUAUAAGAAGAGCCAUAAAAUAACACAUAUAAUUCAACUAUAUUUAUUUUAGUAUUUCUUCUUAUUUUGAAUUUACAGUUGGUGAAAGACUUUUUCGUUCUGUUAUUUUUUUCAUUCUGUUUUAAUAUACGGA